AUGGCCAAGGGUGUCACUAAAGGCAAUGAAAUUGCAAAUGAGCCGAAAGAAGAACAACAACCCACCACCAAAAAGGUCAAGUCGGCCUUGAAAGGAGGCAGCGCAACAAUCUCAACCAAGAGCGAUGCCGUCGCAUCACCAAUCCAGUUUCGAAUAUUCGUUGGCUCCUACGAGCACAACUUGCUCUGCUUAUCGGUGAUCCUCGACCCGAAGAACAGCAAGGAACCCGUGUUCCAGCCCAUUUUCCAUUUCCAAGCCCAUGCAUUAUCCAUCAAGUCCAUCGACCUCGCCAAGAGGUAUUUGGUCACCGGUUCCAACGACGAGCAUAUUAGGAUAUACGACUUGCAGAAGCGGAAAGAGCUCGGCACUUUGCUCGGCCACCAGGGGACGAUCACCACGUUGCGGUUCUCGAAAGAAGGAGCUCAAGCAGCUGCAGAGGAGGCCGAAGGGGGAGCAACUUCGUCAGCAGCUGCUGGCAAGUGGCUCCUAUCGGGAUCGGAAGACGGCAAGAUUAUAAUCUGGAGGACAAAGGACUGGGAGGUGUUUGCCACGUUAAAGGGACACACUGACAAAAUCAACGAUUUGAGCGUCCACCCUAGUGGGAGAGUCGCGAUAAGCGUGUCGCAAGACAAGACGAUCAGAUUGUGGAACUUGAUGACUGCAAAAAAGGCCGCCGUGUUGAAGAUCAAAGGCAGGGACCACUUGGGCCACCUGGGCCAGUUUGUCAAUUGGAGCGCCGAUGGCCAUUUUUUCUUAGUGGGGUUGAAUAACCUGAUUUUGCUUUACAGGACCUCAACGGCCACGAUUGUCAAGAAAUUGCGGUUCAAGUCUACUAUCAUGUGCAUGCAAAUGGACAAAUUCGAGAAUCGCCAGUGGUUGGUGGUGGGGUUCGCUGACGGGUCCAUCGGGUUUUACGACUUUGAAGAAAUAAUUGAGAGUAUUCUCGACGCAAGCGAAGAAGAAGAAGAAGAAGAAAAAGCUGCUGUUGAAAACAAGGAACUGGAACUGCUCGAGCCUGUUUUCGUUCUCAGGGUCCACACCAACCGCAUAAAAGAUUUCUAUUUCUUCCAGAAUCAAGAUACGCAGAACAUCCCAUUUUUGAUCUCGGUGUCGUCGGAUGGCAAAGUUGUCAUUUCAAACUUGGCGAUAAAGGACCAAGUUGCCGUCUAUGACACGGGAGAGAGGCUAAACUGUGUUGUUUGCUCACCCGAGCACGUUGAAAAAGUGGAUAGCAUGAAAAAACGCUUUGCUGAAGAGGAGCCCAACAUCGACGCCAGCGAAUCGGAAUUUGAAACCGAUGGCGAGGAGAUCAAGGCGAUUUUGAGCGGGCAAAAGCGAAGCAGCAGCAACAAGAGAAACAAAAAGAAUAGCAACAAGAACAAGAGCAAAAAUAAGAAAAGAAAAGUCAAGGUGACGCUUGAAUAA